AAACACGAUGCUGCCGCUGUUGCUCAAUGACCGAGGAUGCAUGUGGAGGAGCGCGACUGCAGCACGCACACUGGUAAACACGCAUGCACACACGCACGGAGACCCACGCCACCAAUGACCUUCCGAUCGGAUGAAUAAAAGCUCGCACGGUGCGUAAAGUGGCCGCAGGAUGGUGACAUUCGUUUGAGGGGCGUGAAGCGUCACCUCGGGUUAGUGCCUCAGGAAAUGACAGUGUCCUCCAUCAUCGUUUAGCUGCUCACAGAGAUUUCUCUCGUGUGUGUGUGUUUGUGUGUUGCGGUCCUUUCACCUGGACGUGAUACAGAGUGAUAAUCUGACAGCAAAGGCUCAGAGAGAGUGAGGGGUCCUGGUGGGGUCCUGGUGGAGGCAGGUGCAGCGCGUCUUGGCUUCAGUCUGUCCGAAGGCGCUUUGACAGGGAGCCGCUGAGCUGCGGACCCUGAGGACUCAUCUGGAUCAGACUGGACUUCAGCAAUGUCGUCCACUAUAGAGAGGAAGACAAUGGAGGCCAAUGAGGAGCCGGUGGACGAGGUCCUCCAGAUGCCCCCCUCUCUGCUGUCAUGUGGUGGGUGUCAGCAGAGCAUAGGCGACCGGUUCUUCCUGAAGGCCAUAGAGCAGUACUGGCACGAGGACUGUCUGAGCUGUGACCUGUGUGGCUGUCGGCUGGGCGAGGUGGGCCGACGACUCUACUAUAAGCUCGGGAGGAAGUUAUGUCGGAGAGACUACCUCAGGCUCUUCGGUCAGGACGGUCUCUGUGCCUCCUGUGAGAAGAGGAUCCGAGCGUUUGAGAUGACGAUGCGUGUGCGGGACAAGGUUUACCACCUGGAGUGCUUCAAGUGUGCCGCCUGCCAGAAACACUUCUGUGUGGGCGACCGCUACCUGCUCAUCAACUCGGACAUUGUGUGCGAGCAGGACAUCUUUGAGUGGACCAAACUCAACAACAACAUGGUGUAGGAGAAGCUCUUGAUUCUCUCUCUUGACUUUGCCUUCUCCCACUGGCUUUAAAGGCAAUAAACCACUGAUGAAUGAACUUGUUGUAGCCUUUACAGGCUUUAUCAUGAAUCUGAUGUUCAUGUUGACUCAUUCAACAGAAAUGAGAGGUGACAUCUCUGCACUGCUCCCUGCUGGAGACUUACGUAGACUGCAUCAGCAAUAACAACUUUACCCUUAAAUGCAAAAAAAAAGAAAAAGUAUAUGUACUUAAACGUGCAAUAAUAUUUUUGGGUUUCGACACUCGACUUUGUGAAAUGAUGUUUCCUGUAGUAAAAACAUUCAAUAAGAAAUCUGGAAAUGUUUUAUUUUACAGUUUAGUUAUAUCUAUAGAUUCAUUUGAUACUGAUUAAAGUCAAAUUAUGAACUUUGUUAAAAGAACUGCUCCAUUGAAAUGCAAAUGAUUAAUUCAUUUUUAGACUUAUUUCUCCAUAUAUGUUGAAUAGUUUGCAUUGUUAUCCAACCUGCUGCACUGACUGAAAGACUGUGUGUUUUAUUAGCUGUUAAGUAUACUAAUUGAACACUGAAUCUAUUUUCUGUCUUAUUAGAAUAAGACUACACAGUUCUCUCCCACACCUGCCAAAUAAACCAAUAAAUAUCAAUUUUUGUAAAGUCCUAAUCAGAAUGAUUGUACGGUUUUGCCAAGUUGAACUGGUGUCGCCCUCUAGUGAUGGAGGGAACCCAUGCAAUACUAAUUUUAUUGACUUC